AUGUAUGUGCCCAGCUGCGGGCAAGAUUUAAUGGUGGCCAGGUGGAUGUCACUGCUGAUGCUCCUAUUGCUGCUGCAGCUGCCUCAAAUUGUCAGCAAGAAGGCCGACAAUGGAUUGGGUCAGCAGACAAAGGUUCAUGAUGACUAUGGCAUUCCAGAGAACAUUUUCGUUGGUGAAUUUGUCUCUUUCUUUAUUCACGAGUUUAAUGAGAUCACAUAUGAGACAACUCCAGAUCCAGAUAUGAGAGCCUACAUACUGCCGAAUCACUACCACCAAGCCCUUGUCUUUGCAUUUGUCACGAAUGAGAUCAACAGGAAUGCCCACCUCUUACCCAACACAACUAUGUCGUCCAUCUUUGCUCAAAGUGCUCGCAAUCAAAUGGGAUCAUGUUCUGAGACUAUGGAUGUUCUAUUCAAAAGACAAGGGAGUCCCCUGAACUAUAUCUGUGGCAAUACAUACAAUCUAAUGGCCAUCAUAGGUGGGCUCACCUCUCAUAACUCCAGGCAGAUGCCCCAUAUCUUAAAUGUCUACAAGAUGCCACAGCUCAGUUAUGGCUCAUUUGACCCUGCCCUGAAUGACAAAACGCAGUUCCCUUUUGUCUAUCAGGUAAUCCCUAGUGAAAUUCCUCAGUAUGUUGGGAUUAUUCAACUUCUUCAUCAUUUUGGAUGGACCUGGAUUGGUCUUAUUGUUUCAGAUGACGAUAGUGGAGAAAUGUUAUUGAGGGUUCUCAUGCCUUCCCUGCUGCAGAACAACAUUUGUAUUGCUCUUAAGGAAAUAAUUCCAACACUAAAGGGGAGCAGUAGAAUUACGAUGCAAAUUAAGAAGACAAUGGAAAGCAUAGAAUCUAGUCUUUCAUCAAGCAAAACCAAUGUGAUUCUUGUUCACGGGAAUUCACGGUCUAUGGAUGUCUUACGGAUGGUUCUUUCAUUACAAGAAAAUGUUGAAAUGAAACCAAUAGAGAGGGUUUGGAUCAUUACAGCUCAGUGGGAUUUUGCAUCUGUACCCAUUAUUGAUAUGUUCACACCCAAAUCUUUUAAUGGCACAUUGUCCUUCACACUCCAUGCUACCAAUGUGGCAGAAUAUGAGCAGUUCCUUAAGACUUUAAAUCCUUAUCAAAUGAUGCUUUAUUUCAUCCAUUGGUUCUGGUCCACUGUAUUCAACUGCUCAUUCCCCACUUACAACAUUUAUCGAAUAAAUGCAAGAAACUGUACUGGGGAAGAGAAGCUGUGGAGCCUCCCUGGAGCUGUGUUUGAAAUGGGAAUGUCUGGUCAGAGCUACAGUAUCUACAAUGCUGUUUAUGCUGUAGCACAUGCUCUCCAUGCCAUGUUUUCUUCAAGAUCUAUGCAGAAGUCAAUAGGAGACGGAGGGACAUGGAACCUUUCAAAUGUUUACCCAUGGCAGCUUAACUACUUUCUGAAACAGAUCCGCUUCAAUAAUACUGCUGGGGAAGAAAUAUUUUUCAAUGAAAAUGGAAAAUUAGUAACCGGAUAUGAUAUCAUCAACACAGUCAUAUUUCCCAAUCAGUCCAUCCACAGAAUCUGUGUUGGAAGGAUUAACCAACAGGCUUCUGGAGGGAAACAAUUCACUGUCAAUGAAAGUGCUGUUGUGUGGAAUCAGAGGUUUAAGCAGAUCCUACCUAAAUCUACAUGUGUUGAGAGCUGCCAUCCUGGGCACAAAAGGAUCGUGAAACAGGGGGAACAGAUUUGUUGCUAUGAUUGUCCCCAGUGUUCUGAGGGAAUGAUUUCAAACCUGACAGAUGCAGAUCAUUGUGACAAGUGCUCAGAUGAUCAGCAUCCUAACAAGAACCAGGAUCAGUGCAUGCCUAAGCAUAUAAUCUACCUAUCAUACAGAGAACCCUUGGGAAUAAUUCUGACUUCAUUUGUUCUUUUCCUUUCUCUGAUUACUCUUCUGAUAAUGUGGAUCUUCAUUCAACAGCAAGAGACUCCCAUUGUCAAGGCCAACAACUGGAACAUCACCUGCACUCUCCUCACUUCCCUGUUGCUUUGCUUUCUCUGCUCCUUCCUAUUCAUUGGGCAGCCUGGGAAGGUGACCUGCCUUCUCCGUCAAACAGUGUUUGGGAUUGUCUUCUCCCUGGCUGUUUCUUGUGUGUUGGCGAAAACCCUCACUGUAGUUCUGGCCUUCAUGGCCACCAAGCCAGGAAACAGGAUAAGGAAAUGGAUGGGGAAGAGGCUGGCAGUGUCAGUCAUCAUCCUUUGCACUCUUAUUCAAACUGGCAUCUGUGCAGUGUGGUUGGCAACCUCUCCUCCCUUCCCGGAGUUUGACAUGCAUUCACAGACUACCCAAAUCAUUGUGCAGUGCAAUGAAGGAUCAGCCGCCAUGUUUUAUACUGUCCUGGGCUACAUGGGUCUUCUGGCCAUCAUCAGCUUCACUGUGGCUUUCUUUGCCCGGAAGCUGCCUGAUACUUUCAAUGAAGCCAAGCUCAUCACCUUCAGCAUGUUAGUGUUCUGCAGUGUUUGGGUGUCCUUUGUCCCCACCUACUUGAGCACCAAAGGAAAAUAUAUGGUGGCCGUGGAGAUCUUCUGCAUUUUAGCCUCUAGUGUGGGAUUGCUGGGUUGCAUAUUCCUCCCAAAGCUCUAUAUUAUUGUACUUAGACCAGAACUGAAUGCCAGGGAUCAACUAAUAAGGAAACAGAAUUUUGCCAUCUGA